AUGACGGACGCACGUAACAUAGAUGAUGCUGAAAUAGCCCGUCAAGAAGCACUUAAUGAUAAGAUGAUGGAAGCGGCAGAAAAAGUAAUGAAUGCCAACCUUCCCAAGCUAGCUCAAGAAGUUGAGAGCCGAGUUUUAGGGAUUGUUGAUGAGAUGAUGGCUAGCAAGAUUGAGGAGUUAAAGGAAAUGAUUGAAGGAUCCAGAACUAGAAGUAAGGAACGAAGGUGUACAUAUAAGGAUUUUAUGGCGUGUAAUCCCUUUUCAUAUAAAGGGGAGGUGGAUCCAAUAAAGUGUCAAAGAUGGAUAGCCAACGUUGAAGCUGUUUUUGUGCGUAGUCGAUGUGAGAAGGAAGAUCAAGUAAUGUUUGCUACGGGUCAACUUCAGCAACAAGCCAAGGAUUGGUGGGAUACUAAAUGUAAAGAGAUAGGGGAAGAAGGACUCCAAACUUUAACAUGGCAAGAGUUCAAAGAAUUGUUCCUGAAACAUCAUUGCCCGCAAUCGGCAAUUGAUAGAAUACAAGAUGAGUUCUUGCAUCUUCGUCAACAGAAUGAGUCUAUUGAUGAAAUUACCAAUAUAUUCUACGAUAAGUUGAAGUUCUGUGAUGAUUUCGUCAAAUCUGAAAGGAUGAAGAUCAAUCGGUACUAUGGAAUGUUGAAGGCUGAGUAUAGGGAGUUCAUUACUCCUUCAAAGUGUGAAACUUUGGGUGAACUCAUCAAUCUAGCCCGGGAUAGAGAGAUAGAACUGAAGCGACAAGUGGAAAGAGGAGAGAAACGGCCUGCUGAAAAGCCAUCAACUACAAGCCCCUCCAAGAAACCUAAGCAACACGACACUAGAAGUAAAGGAGGAUCAAAAAGUAGUAUUCCCCCAUGCAAAACUUGUGGAAAGCUUCACACCGGAGAAUGUUUAAUGGGAAAGAAAGGGUGCUACAACUGUGGUCAGGAGGGACAUCCUUACUUUAAGUGCCCUAGUCCCGUGAGGACAUGUUUCAAUUGUUUCACUCCCGGUCAUGUAAAAGCUGAUUGUCCAAAGCUUAAAUAA